AAAAGUUACUAGAAACAGUCUGGUAGAAACUUAACCUCUUUAAAUUGUUCUUUUGGCACGUUCUUUUUGUGUGUUCGUAGCGUCCGAAAGUUUUCUGGUUCAGCGCUGAUCAAAUUUUUGAGAUAAUUUGAGUAUCUCGACCAGAAAUUAAUAUGGCAACUAAAGACGUAAACCCCGAGAAACCUGGACAGGAGACUGCCUCAAUUCAUAGAAUCAGAAUUACUUUAACAUCUCGCAAUGUACGAUCCUUGGAAAAGGUUUGUUCAGACUUGAUACACGCUGCAAAAAGGCAAAGGCUACGUGUUAAAGGACCUGUUCGUAUGCCCAACAAAAUCUUGAGAAUUACAACAAGAAAGACACCUUGUGGUGAAGGUUCAAAGACUUGGGAUAGGUUCCAAAUGAGGAUUCACAAAAGGGUAAUCGAUUUACAUUCUCCGUCAGAGAUUGUGAAGCAAAUUACUUCUAUCAAUAUUGAGCCAGGUGUAGAGGUUGAAGUUACAAUUGCCGACGCAUAAGUUUAAGUUAUAAAGUUUAAUUACAAAAUAAAGUUUGUAUACAAAUGA